CUUUUAAUGUGUUAGAUGGUUCACUUCAUUUUAUGCUUUUUUUAUUUUGUUCUGUGUCUACCUGCUUAUCUGUUUUUCUCUUUAGAUUGCAGUCUGCAAGAUGAGAAUUUCUCAUUGGUUUUUACUGUGGCCUCCUUCAUGAACAACUUUCUCACUCUGCCCAACGGAUUCUUCUACGACCAUUUUGGCACAAUGGCAACGCGAUUUUUGGCUAUAUUUCUUUAUACCACUGGCACUCUUAUUGUGGCAUUGUCCAAUAAAGCUCUCUCUAUCUUGCUUUUUCCUGCUCUGCCUGUAGCUGUCGGAGGUAUUUUAUUUCUAAUGACAAACAUGCAGGUGGGGAACCUUUUUGGCUAUCACAGAUCAACAAUUAUUACAAUCUAUAAUGGGGCCUUUGACUCUUCGUCAGUUAUCUUUCUUAUCAUCAAGGUGCUCUAUGAGAGAGGGGUUUCUCUUCGCUCCUCAUUUCUCUUCCUCUCAGCCUGUAAUCUCAUUCAUCUCCUCCGGACACUUUUCCUUAUGCCAAAAUCACACAUUCCCUAUCCCAUCCCAGACGACUACAAAUAUGGGAUGAGCUGUGCUAAAUCACAUAGCUACAAUGUUGAACAGUAUGAGGCAGAGAGAGGCCCGAGUUCAGACAGAGGCAGAGGUGUAGCUGAGGAGCCACUGGAGACUGACACACUACAGCUAACAGACAACUCUGAGCAAGACAGUUUUAGGAGCUGUGUUCUGUCCUGGUUCUUCCUGUGGCACCUCAUAUGGCUGUCAGUCAUGCAGCUGCGGCAUUAUUUCUUCAUUGGAACUCUGAAUCCAAUGCUCAACAGACUGGCCAACCAAGACCCAGACAUUGUGAGUGAUUACACCAAUGCAUUUGCUUUCACCCAGUUCUGUGGAGUUCUCUGUGCUCCCUGGAACGGACUGCUAAUGGACAGACACAAAAGAAAACCCCUAGAUCCAGGUGUGUCAGAACAGGAAGCAGACCUGCGCUCGUCUGUUCUGUCUCUCCUCCUCACCUCUCUGCAGUGCCUGUUGUUCUCCAUCUGUGCAAGCAUUCCGUUCCUCCCUCUCCAGUACGUCACAUUCAUCCUUCAGGUCCUUAAUCGCUCUUUUCUGUAUGGAGGGAAUGCUGCAUUCAUCAGCAUAGCGUUUCCUGCCCGUCAUUUUGGAAAGCUGUAUGGUCUAGCGAUGUCUCUGUCAGCUGUGGUAUCAUUGCUGCAGUAUCCCUGCUUCGCCCUCAACAAAGUUCUUGGAGGAGACCCCUUCUGUGUGAACAUCAUCUUGACUGUCCUGACUCUGCUGGCUUUCAUUCAUCCUGUCUACGUGUUUCUUCACUGCAGAGAGCUGGCAAAACAGCGAGAGAAUCCACAAAGUAUUUUAGAAGCCUCCAUACAGGAAACAUCAAUGUAUUAAUUUAAAUCUAUAGACAUACUUGAUUAAUGCAUGUGGUUAUGCAAACCUAUCUAGGCCUUAGCUUUUGUAACUGACAAAGGGAACAUUAUUAAGCAUCUUGUGUAUUCAAUGCGAUGUUUUACCACCAUUGUAUUUAAGAGAUUUAAAUACUUGAAAAUAAGAGUUAACAAUCAGCAAUUAAAUUAAUUCCAUUUAAUUUAACUGGUUAUUGAACAUUUACAAUCUUUAUGAGUACAGAAAUAACAAAAAAAAUUUUGAAGUUUUUUUUUUUUAAUAGUUCAGUGUUGGCAAGAACAGAUAUUUAGAUAAAAACAUUUGUUUAAACAAUGAUUAAGGAGCAAGGGGAGAUCACAUACGUGUCAGAAACAUAGUGAUCUUUACAACUGAUCUCCAGACUUUUCUGGAGUUGUAUGAUAUCCAGUUUUGCAUGUUAAUAUCCUGUUCCCACAUGAAAAGCAUUAACAGUCCUAAAAGCAUCAUAGACGCAUUAACCAGUGGUUUACCUUCCAAAACACACAUAAUACUGAUUUAUAUCUGGCACUGCAGUGUAAGUCCACAAUGACCAUUUACAUCUCAUAUACAGUUUUCAGUAGUUAUUAAUUAAGGGCCAUUCAGGAUUUAUAGCAUGUUUUAUAAAUAAUGUGUGCUACAGCUAUGCAUCCUUACAAUUCUGAACAUAUUGUGGAAACAUGGAAAAUUCCUUAAUUAACUUUUCCUCUUUGUCAUUAAAACAAGCAAAUGUGUGAAAUAAAGGUCUGUGUAUGAA